UUCUGUUCGCUGCAGAGAAGCGUAUGGUUCCCCUGCAGUUUACAGAGAAAGGCCUCGGUUUUGGACAGUCUCUCUCAUUUUGUUUGAUUUGUUGGCUUCAAUUCUGAUAUCAUAUUUAGUAAAUUAACAUUCCUCCUCAGAUCAUUGCCGCUGUUUUGUUUUAGACCCUUCUACUAUUCCCCUACCCUUCCCCCUUUGCCCUUUUUUUCCCUGAGGCAUGGUUCCGCGGGUCACAGGACUGGUCCGGCCCAGCCCAUAAACUGCUUACACCCUUUGUUUUUCCUCUUUGCUUUCUUUCUUUUCCGGGCCGGUGGGCCUGCGGGCCUGCUGCCCCACUGUCACAGACAGAGGUAGAUCCAGAGAUAACUCCAUGACAACAUCUCAAUUCUGUAAUCUCAUUCAACAGUCUGCAGAGGUGCUGUUCCCUCUGGAGUAAGAGCUAGACAAUGCAAGGCCUGUAUGCAGGUCUGCUGAAGUUCCUGUGAGAUGUGAACUGAUGAAUGGACUCGUGGACAGGCAAGUUUUAAAAAAAUUUGAAGAAAGAACAUAAGGAAGCAGAGCAGAGCUGCAGUUAAUAUAAUGCUACUGAGGAAGUAAAGGGCAGCUUCAAGAGGAGGAGUUUCUCAUCAAACGUCUUAACCACCAUACCCUUUAGGAAACAUUUGAAUAGAAAAACAUGAUCUUAAUUUGCAUCAAUGGAUGCAGUGACAUUAUUGGAGGACACUGCGUGCGUGCCCACUCCCGACCUUUCAUGGCUGCCAUCCGGAGAAUGAAUAUAACUGUGUGUGGAGGGGUUCUUGUGGGAAGGCAGUGGGUUUUGACAGCAGCACAUUGUAAUUACAGGUUGGAAGAAUCGGAUACUAGGGUGGUUCUUGGAGCCCAUCAGGCAUCCAAAGCUGAAAAAGAACAACAGAGAUUUAAGAUUAUGCGCUUCUUUUCUCAUCCCCAGUAUAACAGAUCUUCAAAGGAAAAUGAUAUAAUGCUCCUCAAGCUGGAUCGUAUGGCAAAUCUGAAUAAGUAUGUGCAGCUUUUCCCCCUUCCUGACACUGGUGAAGAUAUCAAGCCUGGCACAAAGUGCAGCGUGACUGGCUGGGGAAGAACAUCUUCAGGAAAGCUGUCAAAAUGUCUUCGGGAGGCAACUGUUGAAAUUGUUGAUAGAAAAGUCUGUGAGAGAAAAUACAAUAAAAAACAAAAGCCCGUGAAUAUAACCAGGAACAUGUUGUGUGCUGGAGGGAAAAUGAGGUUUUCAAAGAGAGAUGCUUGCCAGGGAGACUCAGGUGGGCCGCUCAUCUGUGGCAGAAAAUUCAGUGGGAUUGUUUCUUUCGGAGAAAAAUGUGGAAUAGGAGACAGGCCUGGAGUUUAUACACGACUGACUGAAAAAUAUAUUAACUGGAUUAAAAAAACUGUUUCUCGUAACGGAGAGGCAUGAGACAGGCAAGAGAGCCUUAAUAAAUGCUGCACCGUGCUUCAGAACUAGGUGCUCCUUGGAGUGCCAACUUUACAAAUAAUACCACAGCUUUUUGAAUUAAAAAGUUAAAAAUAUUUCCUUUUGUACAGAUAAUAUUUACUCAUCUUUAGUAGCAAACUGCUUCUUAGGGAAUGUGAUUUGUAUUGGAUUUCAUCCUGAUUUCUAGUGUGACUGGAAAGCACUAGUCACCUUUCUCAUUGUGGUUGUGAUGAGGCAGCAUUUUUGAAUGUGUUUUCACAGAAAAAUCCAGUUUUAGACUGACAGUGAAUGAGAUGUCUGCUGAAUGAGAAAAAUUAGAAAAAAAGCUUUAAAUGUUCAAGUAUUUCAUUUUUACAUUUUUCAAAACCAAAUACCUUAACUGUUACUAAAUAUUUCUUUAACUAUGUUAAUUUUCAGAAUAAAAAUAUUAAGCCAACAAACAUUUUUUUCAAUUAGUCUUCCAUAGAUAGGAUGAAAAAAAGAGUCUGUUUUUUCUAUGUUAUUUUCCUGUUUUUUUUCCAUGAUUAAAUCAACAGUACCAUCUUUUCUCACACCUUGGUUCAUGGUAUCGCUCUUUCACUGAAUAGCCUGUUGAAAAAUGUGUAACUGUUCAUUAUAAUGGCUAUAAUUAUACUUCCUUAAUGCCAUGUCUGUCUAACAUCUAAACAAACAGGGAUUUUGUGGUGGAUUUCAACAGACUUCUAACAGCAGAUGUACCUUCUGUGUUUCUGAAUAAGCUUGUGGUUAGCUUGCUAUUCCCAUUGUCUUCUGAACGUUCUUGAGUUUCUUUCUUACCAGUCAUUUGGAAGUGGCAAUCUACAGGGCUUUUGCAGUUCUUUUGUUAUCGUAUUAAUAUGUAUUGUAUACUGUGAAUUUUGGGGUCUUUCAGCCAUAUGAAUAACUCCAGCACAUCAGUGUACUGGCCUUGGUUAUUGAUCAGCAGCUGCAUCACGGAGCUGAGCCAAGGAAAGAUACCUCGUGAGUAGUAUGUAGAUAAAGGAACAAAGAGACCUUUCAAAUCUGUGUUGGUGAUCUGUCCUGGUGUAAUGAAACUUGCCUAUAUGGUUUAUGGAGGCUUCAUCCUAUUCUCACUGAAGGGCAUGGACAAGGGGAAAUGGCCACAAAUGGAAACAUAGGAAGUCCUG